CCUAUAAAUUCGAUAUCGUACUAAUUUUAGUCGCUAAACAUCUCACCAAUAAAGCAAAAAAAAAUUGUGUGUAAUAAUGGAUAGCCAUUGUCACCUCAGUAUUGCUCACUAUUUGCUUCUUUUGGUCUCUUCCUGCAUGCAGAGUACUACUAAACUCUGUUUCUGUUUGGCUGGUGAUGAAAUUUCAAGCAGUGUGAAGACAAAUUCAUGCAUUGAUGAAGAAAGACAAGCGCUUCUCGUCUUUAAACAACAUCUUGUUGAUCAUUCUGGUAGGCUUUCGUCUUGGAUGGGUCAUGAUUGCUGCCAAUGGGAAGGUAUUUCAUGCAACAACAGCACUGGUCAUGUCGUGAAGAUGGACCUCCGGCAUCCAUAUGACUUUUUUGACGAUGAUGAGUAUGAAGAGUGGAGAAAUGCUUCUUUGGGAGGUAAGAUAAAUGCUUCUCUGUUGAGCUUGAAACAUUUAAAAUUUUCCCAACUCACCCAACUAGACUUGUCUUACAACCAAUUUCGUGGAAAUUUUCCAUCUGAUUUGAAAUUUCCAAAUUUAAUAUAUAUUGACUUGAGUCAUAAUCAGUUGGAGGGCCCACUACCACUUCGGCGUUUCCCUAAUGUCGAAUACGUUUCUCUAGAAGGCAAUUUAUUUUCCGGGCCAAUCUCCUCAAAUAUUGACCAAAUGAUGCCCAAAUUGCAAGAAUUGUUACUUCAUGAGAAUCAUUUGAAUGGCACUAUUCCUCCCUCUAUUUGUAACAUGCAAAAGUUACAAAUCCUGUCUCUAAGGAGCAAUCAGUUUUCUGGAGAACUCCCUCAUGCAUGGAAUAUGAAGAGCAUUAUGGUGUUUUUAGAUGUUAGUCAAAACAACCUGUCUGGUAAUAUUCCCACUUUAUUGGGGGUACUACGUUCCCUGGAAAUUUUAAAGCUCAAUGACAACAAUUUUGGCGGUGAAAUUCCUGAUGCCUUGCAAAAUUGUUCAAGUUUGAGGAGUAUUGAUCUUGGAGACAACAAGUUAUCUGGGAAAAUACCUCUAUGGAUAGGAGGGUCAAACGUAUCUAAAUUGUCUAGGGUACGAUUACGGUCCAACUAUUUUAGUGGAUGUAUUUCCCAGCAACUGUGCAAUCUUCAAGGCCUUCACAUCCUCGACCUUAGUCACAACAGCCUUUCAGGUACUAUUCCCAUGUGUUUGGAUAACUUAACUUCGCUAGUCAAUGAUGAUUCUUAUGAACACAAGUAUUAUGACUUUGAGCAAGCCACACUAACACUAAAAGGAGAAGAACUUGUGUACAACACAACUCUAUAUCUUGUAAAGAGCAUUGAUCUUUCAUCAAAUAAUUUACAAGGUGAAAUCCCUAAAGAAAUUAGCAGCCUCAUUCAACUGGGCACCUUGAAUUUGUCCAAGAAUCAAUUGACUGGAAAGAUCCCUUCUAAGGUCGGAAACUUGCAUUGGCUCGAAACUCUUGAUCUCUCACACAACCACCUUUCGGGACAUAUUCCUCAAAGCUUGUCAUCUUUAACCUUUUUGUCCCACCUGGACUUGUCUUACAACAACUUGUCUGGAAGAAUUCCUUCUGGAAACCAGCUUCAAACACUAAAUUUUUCGUUCAUUUAUGUGGGCAAUCAAUGGCUAUGUGGUGUUCCUCUCUCAACUAAGUGCCCUGAAGAUGACACUUUUACUGCUAAGGAUGCAAAGGACGAGAAUGAAGAUGGAAAGGAUAAGUUGUGGCUCUAUGUCAGCAUGGUACUUGGCUUUAUCGUAGGCUUUUGGGCCGUUUGCGGCACGUUGAUCUUAAAGACAUCGUGGAGGUAUGCCUAUUUUCAAUUCUUCGAUGACAUCAAAGAUAAGGUAGCACUAGCAAUUGCAUUGAAAGUGGCUCAUUUCAAAAGGUUUUUAUUCUGAAGUUUGAUUGUGCUAUUAUAUAAUGUAAUGUUUUUCCUUUCUACUUUGUGUUUUGGUACCUGCAACUUAUGUAUUAAAUAAAAGAAUCUUUCAAUAAGUGUUCCCACAAACAAUUAUGUAACGGCUGUCCAUUUAAUACAAGAAUUCUAUCUAGUUUGUACUUAUGAAUCGCAUAAUACAAUCGCAUAAUACAAGAAUUUAACAAAAUAACAUUACGAAGUAGAUAAGCACACGUGUGUAUUCUUCUCUUUUACACUUGAAUGUCGUCGAACUCGGCGAGUGGUAGUCCACCUCUACCGCCUUCUCGAUGCUGCCAAAACCAUACAAAAAUGGGAGGAAGAAUUGGUGGUUCGAUAUCGUCGAGGGUUUUCUGGGAUUCCUGUUCCUUGCAGAGAGAGAGGUGGGAGAAUUCGAUGGCGUCUUCCGGGUUCCUGUCCCUUGCCGAGAGAGAGAUGGGAGAGGUAUUUUGGCGUCUGUUGCAGAGAGAGAUUAGGGGGUGGGUCUAGGGUUUCCACAGAGGGUGGGUGGGCGAUUCAAUUGAGGGGCUAGGGCUAGAGCGAUGGGGGCUCCAUCUCUAUUCUCGCUUGCUGAAACUUUCCGCUCUUCAGUGAAUUCGAAAUGAAAUCAGAAAAACGGAUUUAGUAGGCUUUUGGGGCGUUUGCGGCACGUUGAUCUUAAAGACAUCAGAAAAACGGAUUUAGUAAACAAAUUGAUGAAAUUUUUAUUUGCGUGCCCUGUUUUUUAUUUGCGUGCAUUUAAUCAUAUGAUGAUUAAAUGGGGUUGAACGUAUUAAUGAGUGGUUGCGUUUAUAUAAGCUUUUUCUUUGCUCUCUUUUUUCAAAUCUUUCUAAUUGUUUAUGUGCAAAUGGGGUUGAACGUAUUAAUGAGUGGUUGCG